UCUGCAAACCUCGUCUUGCUCAAGCACUUACUGUCUCUGCUCCACCACAUCAGCCAAAAUGCCGAGACCAACAGGAUGGACUCCAGCAAUCUGGCCAUCUGCGUUGGCCCAAAUAUGCUGAGCCCAGAGAUGGACAACACGCUCCCGCUGGAAGUGCAGAAGGAGAUGAAUGACAAGGUGACAGUGUUGGUGGAGUUCCUCAUAAACAACUGCUCAGAAAUAUUUGGGGAGGGCAUUGCCUUGCCUGUCUGUGCCUUGGCUGAGGAGUCACCAGAGCACACCGACAGUUCCACAGAACACCUGUGUGCUGCUCAUCAGAAUGACUCUGCCUAUGACAGCCCAGAUCCUGAAGCUGAAGGCAGCCCCCAAACCUCUAAGAUGGAGCAGCCCAAAGGGAGGAGCACUACCAUGAACAGAAGAUAUCCAACACACAUCUCUGCCCCUUCACUGAGUAAUUUCAGAAGUGACAUCAGCACGAUGGACAGGAGGUACUCCGAGCCAGACCUGUCUUUCCAGAACCGCCUUGAAGGCAGGAUAAGGAAACAGAAGCUAAACAGAAGUGAGGACAAUUUUCCGAUUCAUCAGAAACAGCUAGGGUUGGAGGCACUGGAGAAACGGCUUGCAAUCUUACCUUCACAAUUAUCAACUGACUCUCUACCCAAAACAUCCUCCAGUUGCUCACUGGAGAGCUCUGAUGGCUCAGUCUUCACCAGCUCUCCAGUAGUUUCACCCUCUAGUCCCAAAAAGACCUUUUUAAAUAGGCCCCAGUCCUUUUCCACAAAGGCCACUGAAGACUGCAGUACACCUAGCAGAGAAAUCAAAAAGCAUUCCAUGUCAUUCUCUUUUGCAAACCGCAGGAAAACACUAAUAAAAACCCAGAGCUGGGGGCCUGGAAAAUACAUGGGUUUUCAGAGAGACAGUUUCACAAAGAAAGAAGAUCAGUUCUCCUGCAGAGUUGUCCAGGAGAACAGCCCUGAUGAUGACAAACCAUUGCCUGUGGUGUAUCAGCAAAGGCUCCGUUUCAGGUCAGCUGAUGAAGUGUUCAGAGAGGUAGACCAGAAGAAUCCUGGAAGACCACCCUCUUACGAAGAGGCUACUAAAAACUGCCUGGCCACUAACGUUUCCUCCCACAAUCUCACAGUUCAAACUAUGAGAUUAAAGGUGUCAAACCAGGAUGAUUUGCUGCCUCAUCCAUGCAGCAGCUGUGCACAUGACGCAGCAUGUACAGCUCUAAGGGAUCUACCCAGGGGCAGAGUUUCUGCAGUGAAGGAUUCUGAUGCGGAAACUGAAACCCUCAGCAUCACUGUGGGAAUAAACUCCCGUGUGAGCUUACCCGUGACCCCAGGAGUCUACCGAUUGAGAGCCAUGUCUGAAUCCUGUCAAAAGAACAAACUUGAGUAUGUGGCUCGGAGGUGCAGCCAGCCAGUUUUUGAGGUAGACCAGAUACAGUAUGCUAAGGAAUCCUAUGUUUAA